UACCGCCCGCAAACCUUCACGAGUAUGAUGAAAUAUGACAUAUCCUGCCACAAGGCGUCUUCAGUAACCAUCACCCGGCUCGCCCACCGAAAUCCCGACGGACAGGACUGUCCCUUGGUCGUGAGGCUUUGAAACUUGAACCCGAAGCAUGGCGACGUCCAUCCCGGGCCCCUUCAGCGCCCAUAUUCCGAUCACUCCUCCCCCAGAUCUGGACGUGUUCGCGAAAUGCCCUCUCCCACCGAUUUCCACACCUUACUAUCCCCGGAAUUUCCACUCAACAACAGCAACGACAACAACUUCGUCCACCCAAACAAAAACCACCACCAACCCACCGCAGCCGGCCCAACCCGCCGAACCCUCCACCGCGCCAGACCCGUGGAGCCGGGGCCCGAUGCCGCCAGAUCCGCCGCCGCAUAACAACCCAGCCGCCGCCGCCGCCGCAGCAGCAGCAGCAGCACCCGGCGGGGGCGGCCCGACGACCCCGUUCCAGUUCCCGGACCCCCGCUACGCCGCCCUGGCCGCCCGCCUCGCCGCCUACUACAACCAGCGCUGCCAGGCCGUCGCCCGCUACCAGCACCAGCGCUGCCAGGCCUGGGCCGCCGCCCAGCGCGCCCGCUGCCGCGAGCUGGUCAGCGCCGCCACCGCCGUCGUGGCGUGGUAUGUCCGUGACCGCAUCGCGCGGCGGCGCAGGCGCAGGCGCAGGGCUUUUCGGCGCGGGUUGGCUGCUAGGAGCGGCGGCGGUUGCGGCGGCGGUGGUGGUGUUGGUGGUCGGGGUCGUGAUGGGCGUCGAGGUGUUGUUAAGGGAGGUGGUUGGGACAGUGCGGGUAAGGCUGGAGGGAGGGAUGCGAAGGGAGAGGCGGUGCGCAGGUGGGUGUUGAGCGUGCCGGUUGGGAAGGAGGCAGGAGUAGGGGGGGAUGGCGGUGGCAGUGGUGGUGGUGGUGAUGGGAAUGACGAUGCAGCUGCGGCUGCUGAAGCGAGCAGGGAGAUGCCUCUGGAUGAGGAAGAGGCCAACUUCGAUGUGGAUCGGGACGUGCCGGCGGACAAGGACGCGGAGCUGUUUGAGCUGGCCGACAACCUCAUCAAAAGCCAUCUGGGGGGUAGUGGGAUACCACUGCUCAGGGGGCUUUCGUUUGACGAAAGUGAGAGUGAGAGCGAGAGCGAGGCGAGUGACAAGGAUGGAAUGCGCGACGAAAAAGGAGAAGAGGAUGAUGACGAAGAGGAGAGCUAUGACGAUGAGGAGGGGAUGGGGGUGGAUGAUGAUGGUUACGACGAUGAAGAAUAUGGCCGAGGGAAGGAGGAGGCAGCCCUUGCUUCUAAGGAAGCGCAGCUGGCGACGACGGUCAGGGGAAGCCGUAAGCGUUCGAGGAGCUUGGAUUCAUGAUAAGUUGUGUGGUAGGGUGCAUUUGGGUCGCCAGAAAAUCUCUGCGUGUGGCCGUCAUGAUGCACACUAUUUUGCUUCGAGUCAAGCGUGUAUUUAGCCAGCAGUGACUGUUUCCGCUCGAGGACUAGACACAUGUCCGGAACACACUAGAGACGCCAGUUCGAGCUCACCAUCAAUAGUUGC